AUGGCCACUUACAACAUGGACGCCCAAAUCGGAGAGUCCUCGGCAUGCGCGACGGCGUUGCUCUGCGGAGUAAAAGCCAAUUACGAGACCGUUGGCCUGGACUCCUCUGCACGCUUCGAGAACUGUAAUUCCAGUUUUGAUGCCCGUGUACCAUCCCUUAUCAAUUGGGCGCAGGAGCAGGGUAAAUCGACGGGCCUGGUGACGACCACGAGGGUGACACACGCGACGCCGGCGGCCCUUUACGCGCACACGGCCAGCCGUUACUGGGAGGACGACGGCAAGGUGCCAAGUGGUGCGAGGACCUCGUGCAAGGACAUCGCGCGACAGCUGCUCGAGGAUGAGCCCGGUCGUAACAUCAAUGUGAUCCUUGGCGGAGGCCGGCGCCAUUUCGUGCCCAAAGUGAUCCAGGACCCCGAGGAGCCGGAUAAGGAGGGCAGACGAUUGGACGGAAGAAAUCUGAUCGACGAAUGGUCCAGGAACCUUCGGCUGCGGAACGUGGCCGCGAAAUACGUCGCUAACAAGGAGCAGUUGGAGAACGUCGAUCCACGGAAAGUGAACCAUCUGCUGGGGCUGUUCUCCUAUUCCCACAUGGACUUCGACGUGGACCGGAACACGAACGGAAGCGGCGACCCAUCGCUGGCCGAAAUGACGAUCAAGGCGCUCCGAAUACUGGCGAAAAAUCCCGAAGGAUAUUUCCUCUUCGUCGAAGGUGGCAGAAUUGACCACGCGCAUCACUAUAACAAUGCGUAUCGAGCGUUGGACGAAACAUUGGCGCUGGAGGAAGCUGUGAGGGCCGUGAUGAAGGAAGUCGACUUGUCAGAGACGCUUCUCGUCGUGACGGCGGAUCACUCGCACGUACUCACGCUUGGUGGUCUCGCAACGCACCGUGGGAAUCCUAUACUUGCAAGGUGUCGGAUGUUGAUGGACAACCGUACACAACGUUACUGUACAGCAACGGGCCGGGAUACACGCAGCCAAGGAAUAUUUUACGAGAGGCUAGCAAGGAUUCCAUUCAGAGACGAAUGCAGGAACGACAUUUACGAGAAGACUCAAUGGGCCGUGAUGAGCAGGCUGACGAAGGGAAUAGGAACAGACGUCGAAACGGCGCUGAGGAUGGCAAAGGAGAGCAAUUUGAGGAUACAGGCCGCCAGACGAGAUCACGACCAGGCGAUUCGAGAGCUACGAACGAGCUUGACGAUGCAGGAAAAACGAACGGACGCAUUGCAGUCCGAGAUCACGGGGCUGAAGGAUCUACUAGAAAAUGCGAAAGAAGAGCUCGAGGGAGAAAGGCGAAGCAACUCGGCUCUGAAGGAACAAAAGGAGACGUUGAAAGAAACCCUGGAGGAUAUUCGUAGACACACGUCGAUGCUGGCCGGCGAAAAUAACAUUUUGCAAAGUCAGGCGGUUACGUUGGCCGAGAGCAAAUUGGAGCUGGAGAGGACCGUGAUCGGACUCCGAAAGGAAAUCGACGACACCCGUGAUGCGUAUCUUGAGACAGAACGACGUUCCACAGCACUUCUAGACGAAUCGAGGAAGGUGAACGAUUCGUUGAAGGAAGAGUAUGAGGAAAAACUCGAGAAACUUCAACGAGAGAUCGUAUCUUUACGAUCGCAGAUCUCGGAUAAGAAAGACAAUGAGAGGACCAAAAACGGUGAUGAUGGUGGCUCCGUUGAAACGAUUCAAGACGGGACCAUUUUAAAGCCCAGGGAUGAUCCUGUGGCGGACAUGACGCAGCAGCUGGUCUCAAAUCGCGAGAAGAUCGAGAUGCUCUCGCGACAGAACGAUCGGCUGUCGAAAACACUGUGUCGACUGAAGGAGUAUCGACUAACGGGUCAAACCACGCCAACGAGUUCCGACAAAUGA